AUGACUUCGGAACGCCUCAUCAAGCCCUGGAAAUACGGACCUCAAAAUACCUACGUCUUCAAAAAUGCUCGAUUGAUAGAUACAGCAACCGGGGAUAUUCUCUCAAACCGGACUGUCAAAAUAUCACACGGCAUCAUCCAAUCCGUUACUCUGACUGAAAAUGAGUACUACCUUAUCGAGUCUUCCAACGAAACAACUAUCGAUCUGAAAGGAAAAUACCUCUGCCCAGGACUCUUCGACAACCAUGUCCAUCUCUGGGCUGUGCCUGGAGAAGCUACUCUGGGAGGAAUGUAUCAAAUAGACAAUGAAGUGUCCAUGAGCCGUCAACCAUUUGUAGUUCAGCAAAUGCUAAGGAGAGGAUUCACCAGCGUUCGAGACUGCGGCGGGGCAUCUUUGGCUCUGAAGCAAGCUAUCGAAGAAGGAGCGAUUCAAGGACCAAGACUGUUCAUCGCUGGACAUGCUUUAUCGCAAACCGGCGGACAUGGAGAUUCACGUGGUCCUCACAACCACUCAGAAUGUUGUGGUCCAAUUGCUUUGGGCUUGGUGUGUGAUGGAGUACCUGCUUGCAUCAAAGCUGCACGUGAGGAGUUGAGAACUGGUGCGGAUUUCAUCAAGAUCAUGUCUGGUGGCGGAGUUGCAAGUCCGACUGAUAAGUUGGAGAAUGUGCAGUUUACAGGAGAGGAAGUCAGGGCUAUCACUGAGGUGGCCAGAAAUGCAAAUACCUAUGUGACAGCACAUGCUUACACACCCAGGUCGAUACGGCAUGCUGUCGACAAUGGUGUCACUGGAAUCGAGCAUGGGAAUUUCAUUGACGAAGAGACAGCGAAGUAUAUGGCCGAACGAGAUGUCUUUUUGACUCCCACACUUAUCACUUACUCGGUGAUGGCUUCACCAGACUUCCCUGGGUUCCUACCAACCGAGUCUGAAGCCAAGAAUGCUCAAGUACUAAAGUUUGGCUUGAAAUCACUUCAAAUUGCUUCAGAUGCAGGAGUAACGUUGUGCUUUGGAACUGAUCUCCUCGGCCCUUUGGGAAUUGCUCAGACGCAAGAAUUCGUUCUGCGUGCCCAAGUUCUCAACCCAAAGGCUAUACUUCAAAGCGCAACCAUCAAUCCAGCACGAAGGGCGGGUUUGAGUGAUUUCUUGGGCCAGGUCAAGGAAGGCUUCGCAGCUGAUUUGUUGAUUUUGAACGAGAACCCUUUGCAUGAUAUCUCGAUCUUGGACAAGCCGGAGAAGCAUCUUCUGGCGGUAAUCAAGGACGGGAGGGUAUUUCACAGUCGGUGGUCGAAGCUCCCACAAGAUGCGUUGCCCGAAGAGCCAAAGAUUGAGUAG